UCUGCAGUGCCGUCUGCAAAUAUUGUGUGUUGUGUGAACUUUGUGCAUAAAACUAUUCUUAAAUAAUUCAAAAUGUUUGUGUGCUUAACAAUAUACAUUAGUAUCUAGUGCGUUUUAAUAAUAGAUUCCUUCUAAAUUAUAAACAUCAAUAGCUCGUUAGGAGACCGUUAGUAUAGGUGAACAGUAGUUUUCGAAAAUGCAUCUAGCGUAGUUGCUCCAAGGAAGUGUUUUGCAAUGAUGUAGUCGCAGGGGUAGUUUUAUGCUAGUGGUAGCGCGGUUAAUAUCUAACGUUUAGUAAGUGAUAUCCCGUAGAGAAUCAUAAGUAAACACACAUUUUAGACAGUUAGCUUUUGCUAUCUAUUCAUAGAAUCUACUUCAAAAAGUGUUAAGAUAUGAAAUCUGUGUCUAGGGUGAAUACAAAGUUCAAAAUGGUAUUCUGCAGAUUGCGAUAGAUUAAACUCCAGCCAGAAGUGAAUUUAUCUCAAGAGAUCUGCACACGGGAGUGAGCUUCUCAUUGGAGUAUAUAAUUGACCCGCUUAUUGUUGGAUACUCAACCACUUCAUUAUCAUCGAGGCAAAUUAAACGCAUCUCAGAGGUACGAUACUCGUGGUAGAAUAGGACUGCCCUUCGAUUCGUGACAUAAUCAUCCGGACUCCUCCUCACCAAUUAUGAGUAGGAAGGAGAGGUGACGUCCUUGAAAUGGGCAUACAAUAGUAUCCUGCAUUUCAUCGACGAUAAUCACGCCCAUCACCGCAUCCCCAUGCAUAGGAGCCUUAAAAGCAAGUGAUAGGGCCAAGAAGCAUCGUUCAGAAUACCCUCCAACGUCCUUCCAUAGCACAUUUCUAUCAUCAUUAGUUUACGCGCGAAUUCAAGCGAAUUUCACAAACAAACUUGAAGGGAAUUUAUUUAUCCUUCGAUUUCCUCUUAUCCACUCUCUGCCACUACCACACUAACUACCUCCUCAAUUGUUUUCCCACGAAUUUGUACUUCCCUAUUAUUUUUCCACUUACACCUUCCGUUGUUUGUUUUCCGUGAAAAAGUAUCAAUUGUGCAGAACUGCCACCGUAACCUACUACCGUUCUCGAGUGUGUAUGCGUGAGAGCCAGGCGACCUUGCUGUUUCCAACGGGCGCUUCUGUGGAGCCACGUCCUGCCACCACCCACAUCAUCAUGGAUUUAUCGAGCCCAGACGGUGCAAAUAAUUCCACAGAUUACGUCAAUAGGACCACACCGAUUUAUUCCAUUAAUCCGGAUUUCAUACAACAAUGGAAACUAAAGAAAAAACAGGAGGAAAUUUGCAAAAUCCUAUACUAUCGUUUAGUAGCUGCACCUGAAUGUCAAAAGAUCCUUGGACUUCCUGUUUAUCGACCAUUAUUUGACGAUCGUGAUGCAUUACAAUGGACAUCGGAAGAUAUUGCAAGAUUAUGGAGCCUUGAAGGGCUCAAUGGCAGUUAUAAUACAAGUUUAAGUGCUAAUGGAACACUUAUACAGUCUAGCGACAAUCUUAACGGACCUAUACAAGUUCUUCCACCGUUCGAACUAUGGCAGACCAUAUUGAUUGCCAUAUGCUUGGCAAUUUGCAUUAUCUUAACAGUGGGCGGUAAUAUUUUAGUACUGCUGGCAUUCAUCGUAGAUCGAAGUAUAAGGCAACCCAGUAAUUAUUUUAUAGCUUCAUUAGCAGCGACUGAUAUGUUAAUAGGAACAGUAUCAAUGCCUUUUUAUACUGUCUACGUCCUGAUGGGGUAUUGGGACCUAGGACCAUUACUAUGCGAUCUGUGGCUUUCUGUCGACUACACUGUAUGCCUAGUAUCACAAUACACGGUUUUAUUGAUCACCAUCGACCGAUUCUGUUCCGUUAAAAUCGCAGCAAAAUAUCGAAGUUGGCGAACAAAAAAUAAGGUCAUUUGGAUGGUCACUAUUACAUGGAUAAUUCCUGCCCUGUUAUUUUUCAUUUCAAUUUUCGGUUGGGAACAUUUUGUCGGUUAUCGCGAUCUACAGCCCGGUCAGUGCGCGGUGCAAUUCCUCAAAGAUCCUGUUUUCAAUACAGCCCUGAUAAUUGGGUAUUACUGGACAACAUUAGUUGUUCUGUUCGUCUUAUAUGGAGGGAUUUAUAAAACCGCCUACGACAUGCAGAAAAGAAGUGAAGCAAAACAGAGAAAAAUGCAAUCCAUGGUUGCACUGAGUGCGGGAGCAAUGACUGGUAUGGCGGGACGAGCGGCUGGUAUAGGUAUAUCAAAUACCCAAUCCACCUUAAUUAGUUGUGAUAAACAAAAAGCCCUGAAUUCCACAGCACAAGUAUCUACGGUUCAGCCAUCUAAUUUAACAUCAUCGUCGUCGUCAAAUCAAUUCAAUGAGCCUGCACCACCCCGAAAACCUUCAACUGUCAGCACGAAAAACGUUAAAGAAGAGAAGCGUCCUGCGGCGCAUAGUUCAACAAAUCAAAAACGGAGCUCGAAAUCGAAAAAGGAACAGACAGAUGGCGAUAAAAGCGAACGAUCGAGUAGUCCAGCGUUCGACUCGGACGACGAAAGUUCCGCAAUGCAACCAAAUCCACGUCAACAACAACAAGAACAAAUUGCAAUGCUUCGAAAACGAUCAUCGAUAGGUUUAGUAUUUGGUGCUCAAACAACUCUUAUCGCCACCCGAAUAAAUGGUAACAUAACCCCCAAAUCCAACGAGGACCUUUUAUCCAGUAACGUUGUUCCAAAGGCAAUGACUCCAAAGACCCCAAUCGGUAAUUGUAACCUCACCGAACAUUUAACGAAAAUCCAUGAAAUGACCAUCCUUGACCAGGAACCACUUGAACAAAUAGAAGCUCAACAAAUCGCACCCCUGCAACCUACCCCAGUUACCUCACCCAUAUCACCAAAAGAUAUCGAGCCAAUUGAAAAUAACAGCAAUGAAUAUCCUUCAAGUUUAUCCAGAACAAUCCUGCCUCCCCCAGAUGGAUUCAAAGGCAGUCCGCCAUUGUCAGAUUACAGCCCGCCAUCCAAGUCUGUAGGGUUAAGUACGCAAAGCGAUUUCACCCUAACUUACGACAUCCUUGGCGGAAUGGACGGUGCAGAUCUCCGUUAUAUGGACGAAAGCUCUAUUGUGAUGCCAUCGCCCAGCAACGAGAGCCCGCCAACAUCGAUAAAUUUUCCCAUCCAUCCCAAAGCCGCAGCACCUUCUUCAGCUAAUCAAAGUGCAGCCAACCCCUCUCUUCUACAGAAAGCUUUAAUACGUGCCACCGCCCAGUCCCAACAACCACCACCAACUGUUCUACUCAAGCAAAAUGAAAUGUAUAUCACCACUCUAUCUAAUCCUUCCGCAGCAAGCAUGACGAAUGAACCUAUCAAUAAAUUCAACACCACAGUAACAUUGACAGAUCAGCACUCCAAGAAGCCCGUUACGGUCAUCGUUACAACUAAUAACAAUAACCAAAACCUGGAUGAUAUCAAGCCAACAGCAACAAUCAAAUCAACAACAUGUACAACCACUACAGCAGCAUGUAAUUCAGUCCCAAUCACAAAACCCGUGGUGCUAUCGGAAACUACCAAUGCAGCCACCAUCAUCGCUGUAACAACCACAGUAGACGCUAAGAAGAAACCGAACUGCGCUUCCGUGACUCCAGCUCCUCCCUGUUCAGGCACGAGCUCAGGAUCAACAACACAGGUCCCGAAUUCCCAGAACCUCCAGCCUCAAAAACUCGACAAAAAGGACAGUAAUGAUUCCGCCCGUUCGAGGCGGGACUUUAUCCGGUCAAUCGGCAAACGGCUGAAAGGUAAAAAGAAAAUUCCUCUGGGAGUUGGACGACAAAAAUCAAAAUCAGAGAAUCGUGCAAGGAAGGCCUUUCGUACGAUCUCAUUUAUCCUUGGCGCAUUCGUAGCCUGCUGGACACCCUACCAUAUUCUAGCACUAGUUGAGGGCUUCUGUUCGAAUCCACCGUGCACUAAUGAACACCUUUUUAUGUUCUCCUACUUCCUAUGCUACGCUAACAGUCCCAUGAAUCCUUUCUGCUAUGCACUCGCCAAUCAACAGUUCAAACGGACUUUCACGAGGAUAUUGAAGGGUGAUUUGCAUAUGACGUAAGAAAUAUAGUUUUUGUAAGUUGUCUGGGAUGGUUUGAUUUGAAACUAGUGCAUCAUUACCGCGUUUUUGUGAGAGUCAUGGAGCUCUUUUUUUGAUUAAUUAUAACAUGGCCUUCAAAUAGCAUUAGUAGCACAUAGGAAAUGGGAAAGAGGUGCUUUGGGGUGUACCAGCAUAAUUUUGAAGCACUUCUCACGUCAAAGGCAACAAUGAAAAAAAAUCGAUGAAGUGUUUAAAUCAAGUGGUUUGAUAGUAGCAUGACUGCGGGAAAUUGUUCAAUUUGCUUAUAAAUCGAAAAUUCGAGCAUAAAUUACCUUUUGACAACUCUUGAUCCUGAAAAUACCGGUUCUUGUAAGAAAUAGAAUCAAAAAUAUGGAAAUCGAAAUAUCAUAUUACAUUCGCCGUCCUAAAGUGAUCAAACACCAUGAGCGAAUUUAUAAUUUGUUAUUGACAUCCCUAAUCAUCAUCACAUUGUAAUCGUUCAAAAUGUCCUCUGUCUUUUAUAACUAACUAUCUGGUUCAUGCAUAGAGCCUCCAGGGCUCCAAAAUAGGAAGUGAAACCGAUUUUCCAGUACCUUCAAGAGCUAUAAUUACAGUGCCAGUGGUUUGACUCGUUAAUCACUAAGCCUAUCACGUAGAUGCAUAAGAGAUCAAUUUUUUUAUGCCUUUUUAUAACUUAUUACAGGUUUAGUUUGAAAAAGGAUCCUCUAAAUAGUAUGGAUUUUUGCACGAUAUGAGUCAAUGCAAGCGCUGAGAAAAGUAGACCACUUGAAAACUACUUAGCAUAGCAGAAGAGUGUGUAUCGCCUGAAUGAAACUUAAAAUGGUUUUUCGGAAGACUGCACUCGUUCAAUAUAUUGAUUAUGACCUGUUUAAGGAUGUUGUACUUGCUACUGAAAACAAUCUAAUCACACACAUCAAGACCAACCACCCUCCCCCCGUUCGCAGCAGUCUCCAUCAACUAUUAUCUGACAGCUGUUUCUAAAACGCACCACUCACUAACCAUUCCAGGAUAGUGAAUUCCCUUUUAUGGUAUAACUACUCACGAAAUUGACCUCCCUUUUCAAUGUGUAACCUAUCGACAGCCAUUUAUUCUAUAUGUAGAAUUCUUCAAACCAGAAUACCCCCAUGAUGCAACGCAAAAAAGGGUCGACGAGGCCUCAAAGUUUUAAGUGGCAAUGGAGAUUCCGCUUACUGCUCACUUACAGAUCAUGGGGAUGUCAUCAGCAUGUUUUGAAGGCAACGCAGUCCAGUUAUACAUAUCGAGAGGCCCUUCAAUCCUCUGUCCAUUGAUUCAAAUAGGAACAAUGUGAUAUCCCACCAGACUCAUAACCUUAACUUUAUUACAAUUUUUCUUCGGUUAAACUCUUCCUUCCUUCUCUUAAGGUAGCCAAUGUCCAUAAUUCCGCGACAGAUUAAGCAGAUCUUAUUGACAUAGUCGAGAUAUUCAACAAAAGGUGCCAACCCAUAGAAUCCUUCAAUACUUCAGUGUCAUAAAUGUCACCAACUCCGCGUUGAACUUCGUUACAGAAUUUUCUAGCUAUCCGAUUUAUGACAAUAACAGGCAACACCCGCGCAAUAAGGCACUCAAGACUGGCACUCUUUUUCGGGAUCUUAGUAAUCACCCUCUUUUUUCAUUCCUUGGAAAAGAUCUAGAAUUCGCUAGGUUUUCGGAUAAAUGGAAACGGUAGUACUGAACUUAAGGGCUGCACAUAACCGCCUCCCUGCUUUAAUAGUGACUAACUAUUUCUUCCUCAGGGCCUUAAAGGCCAGCGUCCACCUAUUACAGUGAAUAACCAUUUCAACCAGAAGUUGUAUAGCGCUCAUCAAACCACAUAAGCUGCUCCUCUCAUCAUAGAUAAGAAUCAUCUAUGACCGAAACACCAAACCACUUUCGAUCACUUGAACCACGAUACGGUAUCGAAAUCAUUAUUAUUUGCAUCAGCGUCAGCUUUCCUGACCAGCGCAAUGAAGAGAGGUUAAAUUCAGUUCUCACUGUAUUUGCACGAAACCAUGGCGCAUUUAUCACACAGAUUAAAUUCAUGAUCGCGACUCCGAUUGCUAAUCUAAACUGGAUGCAACUGUCAGAACACAUGUCAAUGGAUCUGAUACUCAGGUAGCUCCUCCCCCGAAAUUCCAACUUUCAUAUUACUUGACCAUGUCCACCACAACCAUCAUGAAUCUCUCAAAAGCAGACAAGCUGAAAAUAGUCAGACUGAAAAGAUAUCUCCUAAAACACCCGACAGAACUAGGAUAAAAU